AUGUACCGACCGGUCCAGCAAGCCAGCAAGCAAGCAGCCUGGGCGCUCCACGAUAAGAAGACCCUAAACAACCUGUUCAUGACACUCAACGCUUUGAUCGAUGGCUUGGAGCGCUUGGUCCCCGAGCCGCAAAUGCGAUACCUCUCCACGAUCGAAGUCGCCGAAAUCGACGAUCCAGAAGCUCUCGAGAGCUUCACCAGCGCGCUGAAGUUGGAGGCAGCGAUACAAAUGCGACGCGCGACAAUUUUCUUCAGGCAGCCGUCGAUAAGCAGCUUGGUCACCGUUACAAUCGCACUGCAAAUCUCGAGGGUACCAAGACAUGAGUACAAUGAUACUACCAAUCACUCAAAGGCGAAGGUCUUGAUGGGUAAUGUGUAUGGCAAGAAGAACGACUUCUGGGACGAUUGA